GUCUGUCCCUCUCUGCUACUGUUCUCAGAGUUGUUGAAUGCUCGCCGUCUCUUCCAUUUACUUUUAUUCUCCGGUCACAGAUUCAGCUACUAGCGUUUAGCAAAAAUGUGGAAGCUGAAGUUCGCCGAGGGAGGAAGUCCGUCGCUGAGAACGGUGAAUAAUCACGUCGGAAGACAAUUUUGGGAGUUCGAUCCUGAGUUCGGAUCUCCGGAGGAGAAAAUGGAGAUCGAGAAGGCUCGUCAGAACUUCUACAACCAUCGGUUCGAGAAGAAGCAUAGCGCAGAUCUACUUAUGCGGUUUCAGUUUGCAAGGGAGAAUCCUGUUGCAAAAUUUCUACCUCAAGUCAAAGUAAAAGAUGCAGAAGAUAUCACAGAGGAGAUGGUUACUAACACAUUGAGAAGGGCUAUAAAUUUCCAUUCCACUAUUCAGGCCCAUGAUGGGCAUUGGCCAGGGGAUUAUGGAGGUCCUAUGUUUCUUAUUCCUGGCUUGGUAAUAACUCUGUAUAUCACUGGGGCAAUAAAUGCAUUAUUAUCUGAAGAACAUAAAAAAGAGAUGUGCCGAUAUCUCUAUAAUCAUCAGAACAGAGAUGGUGGGUGGGGAUUACAUAUCGAGGGUCCGAGCACAAUGUUUGGAUCUGUCUUGUCUUAUGUUACAUUAAGGCUCCUUGGUGAAGAAGCUAAUGAUGGUCAAGGGGCAAUGGAGAGGGGAAGAAAUUGGAUAUUGAGUCAUGGCAGUGCGACUGCAAUAACAUCAUGGGGAAAAAUGUGGCUUUCAGUGCUUGGAACCUUUGAAUGGUCUGGCAAUAAUCCACUGCCCCCUGAGAUAUGGCUUCUUCCUUAUAUGCUUCCAAUUCAUCCAGGAAGGAUGUGGUGUCACUGCCGAAUGGUCUAUUUGCCUAUGUCAUAUCUAUAUGGAAAGAGGUUUGUUGGUCCAAUCACACCAACAGUUUUGUCUCUUAGAAAGGAGCUUUAUAAUGUCCCUUAUCAUGAAAUAGAUUGGAAUGAAGCUCGCAACCUGUGUGCAAAGGAAGAUCUGUACUACCCGCACCCAUUAGCACAGGAUAUACUUUGGGCAACACUUCACAAGUUUGUUGAACCUGUUCUGAUGCAUUGGCCUGGAAAAAGGUUAAGGGAGAGGGCUCUCUCUACUGCAAUGGAGCACAUACACUACGAAGAUGAGAAUACUCGUUAUAUCUGCAUUGGGCCUGUAAACAAGGUGUUAAAUAUGCUUUGCUGUUGGGUUGAAGAUCCAAAUUCAGAGGCUUUUAAGCUGCAUCUCCCAAGAAUUUAUGAUUAUCUGUGGCUGGCUGAAGAUGGCAUGAAAAUGCAGGGUUAUAACGGAAGUCAACUAUGGGAUACUGCUUUUGCUGUUCAAGCAAUUAUAUCAACAAACCUUGUCGAAGAAUAUGGUCUGAAUCUGAAAAAGGCACACAUGUUUAUUAAAAAUACACAGGUUUUAGAAGACUGCCCUGGUGAUCUUAGUUUUUGGUACCGCCACAUUUCUAAAGGUGCAUGGCCUUUCUCAACAGCAGAUCAUGGAUGGCCAAUAUCUGACUGCACAUCUGAAGGACUAAAAGCUGCUCUCUUGCUAUCAAAAUUACCAUCAGAGACUGUUGGGGAGCCCUUAGAAGUGACGAGAUUAUAUGAUGCUGUAAAUGUUAUUCUUUCACUUCAGAAUGCAGAUGGUGGCCUUGCAACAUAUGAGCUCACAAGAUCAUACCCUUGGAUGGAGUUGAUCAACCCAGCUGAAACUUUUGGCGAUAUUGUCAUUGACUAUCCUUAUGUGGAAUGUACUUCAGCUGCAAUACAAGCUUUGACAUCAUUUAGAAAAUUAUAUCCUGGGCAUCGACAACAGGAAAUAGACAUAUGCAUCAAGAAGGCAGUUAAUUUCAUCGAAAGAAUACAAGCCUCAGAUGGGUCAUGGUAUGGCUCAUGGGCUGUUUGCUUUACCUAUGCUACAUGGUUUGGGGUGAAGGGGUUGGUAGCUGCAGGAAAGAACUUUGAGAACUGUUCUAGCAUCCGCAAAGCCUGUAAGUUUCUGUUGUCAAAACAGCUUGUCUCAGGAGGCUGGGGAGAGAGCUAUCUUUCAUGCCAAAACAAGGUUUACUCAAAUCUCGAAGGCAACAAGUCUCAUGUGGUAAAUACUGGCUGGGCCAUGUUGGCUCUCAUAGAUGCUGGACAGGCUGAGAGAGAUCCAACACCAAUGCAUCGAGCAGCAAGAUAUUUGAUAAAUUCCCAAAUGGAGAAUGGAGAUUUUCCUCAACAGGAAAUUAUGGGAGUCUUUAACAGGAACUGUAUGAUCACAUACGCUGCGUACAGAAAUAUCUUCCCGAUUUGGGCGUUGGGAGAAUACCGUACUCGCGUCUUGCAGGCUACCUAACAGAACAGCCGCAUCAUUCCUUUAGCAUUGUACUACUUUUUUAUGUUGCUUUCUGAUGCAUACUUGGGUUGAGUCCCUGAAGCCUUUGACCGUCCUUUUGUUGUUUCGAGUAUACCAAUCGUGGCCAUUGUCAGUGCACUGCGCUUGUGAAAAUAAUUAGGCCAUUGUCUUAACUUUGGAGCUCAAUACAACCAACCUCUUUAAUAAAAUUCAAUGCAGUCU